UUUGUUUUGCAGAGCGAAAUCCGGCGCAAAAGUUUCGCAGCUCUUCAAAAUCACCGCUACUCGCAUUGAGGCAACAGCAAAGCUCGCUUGACUUAUCCGACUUCCUUGCUAUUGUGAAGGAGUCCACAAACCCUCACAACUAAAUCGACCUCAACUUGCGCACAAAUUCUUCGGACGACUCCUCACAGCAGGAGUUGCUCUCAGUAAUCCAUCACACAUAACUUUUUUCGUCGCAACUUUCGAACACAUCUACCAACGAACGAGACUUCAGACAUCCACACACAUUCCACCAUGACUUCCUCUUCCUUCAACCAAUUCGCUCUACUUCCAUGGGAGCUCAGACACCAAGUCUGGGAGGGACUUCUACCAGCAAACGAUGAUCCACUCCUCCGAGCCCUCACCAGAGCAAUUGCCUCACACAUCCUGGACUUUCCCCGCGACAAGACAUUCUACCCCGUCCACCAACCCUCCAACGGCGCCAAUCACGAAGACAUCUUCGCCCUCAUAAAGAAUUGCGGAUCCGCAUCUCCGUACGCUGCACUCGGUGGCUGUGCCGAAUCUCGAGCCGUGGCUUUCAAGCAUCUCCGUCCUCUCCUGGAGAAUAGCAAGGAGUUGAAGUACUGGUUGACGAAGAGACAUUCGUACUAUUCUCCGAAGAUGGUCCAGGAUAGGAAGACUCAGUCGUUGUUUUAUGAAUGUAAGGGGAUCACGGACAAGGGGAAGAGUAGGGAUAAGCCACCAGUCGUUAAAAUCCGGCAAUCGAUGUUCUAUCAGUGUAAGGAUAUCAGGGAGGAGUGGAAGGAAGGAUAUCGUCUCAAUCACUUGAUCUUCUGGGGAAAGGCAGAGGACGAGAAGCCGAGGGAGAAGCAGGCGUGGGAGAUGGUAGACUAUAAGGAACUGGAUGAGGAACGGAAUGAGGACUUGGAUGAGGAAGAGGACUUUGGUGAGUGAUAAGUCGGGCUCUGACUACAGGCUUUGCCACUGACUCGAUCUAGACGUCGAGCCACUUCCAGAAGGAGUCACCUGGUUUGAUGAGAGUGAUGGGGAGGAGGAGGCGGAACCAGCUUCGAAGCGCCGGAAAUUUGAGAAGAGAGAGUGAAAGACCAAUUGGUAGAGAGUCAUUCGAAUAGAAUGGGCUUCUUAGCGACGAUUUGGGGUAUGUGUAACAGAGGUUGUUGGUGGUAUCAGACACUUUCUCUAGGGACGAACAGUAGAUAAAGUCAGAUUCAGAGUCCAGACAUUUGAAUGAGGUAUAUGAAAGAAUCCAAUAUUGAAGAAUGGAACGACUAGUCCUC